GGGAGUGGAGCCGGGCUGAGCGGCGCUUCUGGAAGAUGGCGAGCGGCGGGGACGCGCGGCCGCCCUGGCGGCCACCGGGGCGCCUCCCGCGGCCGCGAAGCCUUGCGCUGCUGCCGGUGCUGCUGCUGCUGCUGCUGCGGAGCCCGGCGCGGGCGGCGCACAUCAAGAAGGCGGAGGCCACCACGACCACAACGAGCGCUGGCGCCCCGGCGGUCGAGGGCCAGUUCGACCGCUACUAUCACGAAGAGGAGCUGGGCAAGGCGCUGAAGGAGGCGGCGGCCGCCGCGGGGACCCCCGGCCUGGCCCGCCUCUUCAGCAUCGGCCGCUCGGUGGAGGGCCGACCGCUCUGGGUGCUGCGUCUCACGGCCGGCCUGCCCGAAGGCGACGCGGCACCGGACGCCGAGGGGCCGGACGCGGGGGGACCCCUGAUCCCAGGCCGGCCGCAGGUGAAGCUGGUGGGCAACAUGCACGGCGACGAGACCGUGUCGCGCCAGGUGCUGGUGUACCUGGCCCGCGAGCUGGCGGCCGGUUACCGCCGCGGCGACCCGCGCCUCGUCCGCCUGCUCAACACCACCGACGUCUACGUGCUGCCCAGCCUCAACCCCGACGGCUUCGAGCGGGCACGCGAGGGCGACUGCGGCCUCGGCGACGGCGGCCCUCCGGGGGCCAGCGGCCGGGACAACAGCCACGGCCGGGACCUCAACCGCAGCUUCCCGGACCAGUUCAGCACCGGAGAGCCCCCGGCCCUGGACGAGGUGCCCGAGGUGCGCGCCCUCAUCGACUGGAUCCGCAAAAACAAGUUUGUGCUUUCUGGAAACCUUCAUGGUGGCUCGGUGGUAGCAAGCUAUCCUUUUGAUGAUUCUCCAGAACAUAAGGCCACUGGUAUCUAUAGCAAAACCUCAGAUGAUGAAGUCUUCAAGUACUUGGCAAAAGCUUACGCAUCCAACCACCCCAUAAUGAAAACUGGAGAACCUCAUUGCCCAGGAGAUGAAGAGGAGACUUUCAAAGAUGGAAUCACCAACGGUGCACACUGGUAUGAUGUGGAAGGUGGCAUGCAAGAUUACAAUUAUGUCUGGGCCAACUGUUUUGAGAUCACAUUAGAGCUAUCUUGUUGCAAGUACCCACCAGCUUCACAACUUCGACAAGAAUGGGAAAAUAAUCGGGAAUCUUUGAUCACCUUGAUCGAAAAGGUUCACAUUGGAAUUAAAGGAUUUGUUAAAGAUUCAGUAACAGGUUCUGGUUUGGAGAAUGCAACCAUCUCAGUAGCUGGUAUUAAUCAUAAUAUCACAACAGGCAGAUUUGGUGAUUUCCACAGAUUACUUGUUCCUGGAACUUACAACCUCACAGCAGUUUUAACUGGAUAUAUGCCGCUGACUAUUAAUAACAUAGUGGUGAGAGAAGGACCAGCCACAGAAGUGGAUUUUUCCCUUCGGCCUACUGUGGCUUCAGGAAACCUUGACACAGCCGAGGCUGUAGCAACUGUUAGUACAGUUGCUGCACCUAAUAUUCCUCCUGGAACAUCACCUUCCCACCAGCCAAUUCAGCCAAAGGACUUCCGCCAUCACCAUUUUCCCGAUAUGGAAAUCUUUUUGAGAAGAUUUGCCAAUGAGUAUCCUAAUAUCACUCGACUUUAUUCGUUGGGAAAAUCAGUAGAAUCAAGAGAACUUUAUGUGAUGGAGAUAUCAGACAAUCCAGGUGUACAUGAACCAGGUGAACCAGAAUUUAAGUAUAUUGGAAAUAUGCAUGGAAAUGAAGUGGUCGGACGAGAACUGCUAUUGAACCUCAUUGAAUACCUUUGUAAGAACUUUGGAGUGGAUUCUGAAGUAACAGAUCUGGUCCGCAGUACUAGAAUUCACAUUAUGCCAUCCAUGAAUCCUGAUGGCUAUGAAAAGUCCCAGGAAGGAGAUUCAGUAAGUGUGAUUGGCAGAAAUAACAGCAACAACUUUGAUCUGAACCGGAAUUUCCCAGACCAGUUUGUUCAGAUUACAGAUCCUACCCAACCAGAAACGAUUGCGGUAAUGAGCUGGAUGAAGUCCUAUCCAUUUGUUCUAUCAGCAAACCUGCAUGGAGGUUCUUUGGUAGUUAACUAUCCUUUUGAUGACGAUGAGCAGGGACUUGCCACAUACAGCAAAUCACCAGAUGAUGCUGUGUUUCAACAAAUAGCACUUUCUUAUUCCAAGGAAAAUUACCAGAUGUUUCAAGGCAGACCAUGCAAAAAUAUGUACCCUAAUGAAUAUUUUCCUCAUGGAAUAACAAAUGGUGCUAAUUGGUAUAAUGUCCCAGGUGGAAUGCAGGACUGGAACUACUUACAAACAAAUUGCUUUGAAGUGACUAUUGAGCUGGGUUGUGUCAAAUACCCAUUUGAGAAAGAUUUGCCAAAGUUUUGGGAGCAGAAUCGAAGAUCUCUAAUCCAGUUUAUGAAACAGGUUCAUCAGGGUGUCAAAGGAUUUGUACUAGAUGCCACAGAUGGCAGGGGUAUUUUAAACGCCACUAUCAGUGUUGCUGAAAUUAAUCACCCAGUGACUACUUACAAAACUGGAGACUAUUGGCGUCUCUUGGUUCCAGGAACUUAUAAAAUCACAGCAUCUGCUCGAGGGUACAAUCCCGUUACCAAGAAUGUGACAGUCAAGAGUGAUGGUGCGAUUCAGGUCAACUUCACACUUGUUCGAUCUUCAAUAGAUUCAAACAAUGAGUCAAAGAAAGGAAAGGGUGAUAGCACAAACACUGAUUACACUACUGAUCCAACUACUAAAGAAUUUGAGGCUUUAAUUAAAGACCUUUCAGCUGAGAAUGGUUUGGAAAACCUCAUGUUAAGCUCUUCCUCAAAUCUGGCUCUUUAUCGUUAUCAUUCGUACAAAGACCUAUCAGAGUUUUUGAGAGGACUUGUAAUGAACUAUCCACAUAUUACAAAUCUUACCAAUUUGGGACAGAGUGCUGAAUAUCGACACAUUUGGUCCCUUGAAAUCUCCAACAAGCCCAACAUGUCGGAGCCUGAAGAGCCCAAGAUUCGCUUUGUUGCUGGUAUCCACGGAAACGCUCCUGUUGGAACUGAACUGCUUUUGGCUCUAGCGGAAUUUCUCUGCCUGCACUACAAAAAGAACACAGCUGUUACCCAAUUGGUUGACAGGACUAGGAUUGUGAUUGUCCCUUCUCUGAAUCCAGAUGGACGAGAAAGAGCACAAGAGAAAGACUGUACUUCAAAGGCAGGACAAACAAAUGCUCGUGGCAAAGACCUGGAUACAGACUUCACCAAUAAUGCCUCCCAGCCUGAGACUAAAGCCAUCAUUGAAAAUUUGAUUCAAAAGCAGGACUUCAGUCUUUCUGUUGCUUUGGAUGGUGGUUCUGUGCUGGUCACAUACCCGUAUGACAAGCCAGUACAGACAGUGGAAAACAAAGAAACUUUAAAGCAUUUGGCAUCUCUCUAUGCAAAUAAUCAUCCAUCAAUGCACAUGGGUCAGCCCAGCUGCCCAAAUAAAUCAGAUGAGAAUAUUCCAGGAGGAGUAAUGCGUGGAGCAGAAUGGCACAGUCACUUGGGCAGCAUGAAGGAUUAUAGCGUCACCUAUGGCCAUUGUCCAGAAAUCACAGUGUACACAAGCUGCUGCUACUUUCCCAGUGCAGCACAGCUUCCUUCCUUGUGGGCAGAAAAUAAAAGAUCUCUUCUUAGCAUGUUGGUGGAGGUUCACAAGGGAGUACAUGGAUUUGUUAAAGACAAGACUGGAAAACCAAUCUCCAAAGCAGUCAUUGUACUCAAUGAAGGAGUAAAAGUACACACAAAAGAGGGAGGGUAUUUCCAUGUACUGUUAGCUCCAGGUGUCCAUAACAUCAAUGCCAUCGCGGAUGGCUACCAGCAGCAACAUUCCCAGGUCUUUGUGCAUCAUGAUGCAGCUAGCUCUGUGGUGAUUGUCUUUGACGCAGAUAACCGGAUAUUUGGCUUGCCAAGAGAGCUUGUGGUAACUGUAUUAGGAGCCACCAUGACAGCCCUGAUCCUGACAGGUUGCAUGAUUUGGUGUAUCUGCUCAAUCAAGUCUAACAGACACAAGGACGGCUUCCACCGACUCCGGCAGCACCAUGAUGAAUAUGAGGAUGAAAUUCGCAUGAUGUCAACAGGCUCCAAGAAGUCUCUUCUAAGCCAUGAGUUCCAAGACGAGACUGACACGGAAGAGGAAACAUUAUAUUCUAGCAAACAUUGAAAAACACAGUUUGCAUUUCUCCCAGCAUAAGUACCAAGCAACAUUAGUUCCUCUUGGGAGACUCUGCAUUAAGAAGAGACUGUCCUGCUUCUUCAAAGAGCUUUGGGAAGUUAACUUGCUAACUUUAUAUUCUCUGUGAAUUUCAAAGGAAAUUUUGAACUUCCCUUCCUUAAAGUACUCUUAGCCUUCAAAAAAAGAAAUCUGACUUCUAUUUAUGCAGCAGAGAUGGGACAGCCACUUUGUUUAUCUUUUUAAUUUAAAAUGAGCUAUUUGGAGUUUUAUGUAAUAACAAUAUAAAGCCAACUAGUAGAUGUUGUAUUUUGCACAUGAGGAGUUUACUAGUGGCAUUAGCCUUUUUUUUCCCCUUUAUUUUUAAAUGGCCAAAAGAAUCCAGAAACAUUAAGGCAGGGACAGCAGUCAGAUUCUGACAUAAAGCUUUAAAAACUCAGUGUUUUCUCAACCUACUGAGGAGUACUUCUCUCUAGUUAUUAAAUAGCUGGAGCUUCUCUUAUUCAGGUUUAAAGGAGGUUGAACUGAUUUUUAAGCAUAUAUAAUGUUAAGAAGUGAAUAAAUGGGCUUCCGCAUUUGUCCUUCUACCUGUUUCUAGGCUAGAUCAGAACUGGUGGGCUGUGCUGGAUUUCACUACCUCUCUUGUAAGGUUUAGCAGAUUUCUAAAUAAUCCCCCAUUUUAUGGGAGAACAUACUGACUUGUGAAAGACUGAAGUGUCCACUUGAAUGGAGCUGAGAGGAUGAUCUAGCAGAAGCUGAAACUCAUGUUGCCUAUCUUUUAACUUGGUAAAAACCCACAGGUGCUGCUGCUUUUAUCUGUGAAGAACUAGUUUAUUCUAGGAAUGCCUGAUUCUGUAACAUUGCCUAAAUUUGAACUUUUUUCUAUGUUGUACACUUAUGGUUUUCAGAUAAUGCACCCAUCUACAAGAUCGGAAUUCUACUAAAGAUAUCUGGAAGUGUGGAAGAGACCUACCUGCACAUUCUUAACCUAUAUUUGAACACAGAGUAUCUGCACUUGUUACUCCAGCCUGAGCCUGCGCCAUGAAAUAGAGGACUGUGAUUGAAAUAACUUGGCCAGUCUUAGUCACAUAGGCUUCUGCAAGGGAUUGGAUUCUUUGUCCUAAUGUUUCAUUUGACACAUUUUUUUUAUUUGUUUGUUUAUUAUUACUUUCUUUAUCAACCAAUUCUGUUAAAAUUUUAAUGGAAAGCUUUUACAUAUGGGUCCCUCCAUUAAAAAAAAAAAAGAGGAAGAAAUGAAAACUGUGGCUGCUGUGUGAUAUAACACUGUAGUGUGACGCUGUCAUCCACUGCCGGGCAAAGACAAAAUUGCUUUGCAUUUUAUUUUCUGUCUGAUGCUAUUUAGUGGAAGUGAUGCUUUUUGUAAGUGUGUGUCUUACCAAUGAUCUGAUGGCUUAUUACCUUUGAAUGUUUUAAUGGCCAAGUUGCUGCUGAACUUGUACUAAAUCAGGGGAUCAAAAGCUUACUAUCCUCUUUUGGAUCAUGUUCUAUAUUCAUAAAUGCAUCCAUCAUCCCAGAGCCUUCCUGUGACGUGGCUUACCACCCUCUUGGGUUGUUCAACCAGGUUUUUAAAGGUAUGCAUCCAAAAUAGUUUUACAAAAUCAUAUUUUGUUUAUUAUGAGUGAUGAGCUCCUAACAUUUGUUAGUACCUGUGAUCAGCUUGGGUGGUUGAAGGUUAAGCCCUUCUGCUAUUGACCCUGGUGUUAGCCACUCUAAAUUUUACCACAUCCCUCUCAUCCCACCACAUACACAGAUCAGAGCUUGUGGGAUGCUAGUAAUUAAUGAGUUAUCUUUUGCGUAAUCAUUUAUGCUUUCUUUGUGAAUAUAGCAUAUUGCUCUUUUUCAGCUUUAUUGUUUUAGAGUGAAAAGUCAGAAAACCAACGAAGAGCCCAUGGUGUCUGGGCUUGCUUGUGCCAUUGCAACUAGAAAUGGAGGUUGGUGUGACAGCCUUCACUUUAACAGCAUUGAUCUCUAGAGGAGACUUUUUUAUAUCUUCUUCUCUCUUGAAUUAAACAUGCCUUUCUAACUGUACACCUUCAUGGCUGGAGGUCAUGCCUUUUAAGCACAUAUAAAAUAAGUUAAGACAUGAACAUGCAAAUAGUUCUUAUAGUUAUUUCUCCCAAAAGGAAAGUUAAAUUCUGCUAUCAACCUUGAGUCUUUAAUGACUUUUUAAAUAAUGCAUUUAGCUGGGAGACAAGGCCGUCUCUGCCUGUUACCUGUGAAUCCAAAUGUACCAAGAUCUGACUACUCAGAAUGUGUUCUCAGCCUUGUUCCAUUUUUUUCAUAUGUGGCUCUCAUCCCACGUAGCCCACAUAAAUCAAUUAAGGCAUUGAAGCCAGCUGGGAUGGGGACUGCAUUUCUGCAGUGUUCUAGAAACUUUCCAUUUCCUUGGAGACAUGAAGGCAAGUAUCACAGCAUUAAGAAAUUUGCCCACGUCUGAGUUGUGCCUUUCUUCACUCACAAGGCAUUGUUUUUGUCUUAGUGAUCAGUUUGUAAAACCCUCUUUCUUCCUUCCCAACUCCUUAAUAAAAGCAAAGUGACUGAGUAGGUACCGUUUAAAGUGUCUGCCUAUGUAAGUGUCUUUGUACCGAUUGUGUAGUCCAGGGAGCUGAGCCCUCAUAGUUUCACAAGAAAGCCCCCAUUGAUUUUAGUGUGGGAUUUGUAACGCCUGGGGAGUGAGUAGGAUCCCACCCAGUUAAGGAAUGCUUGCCAUUCUCACAAAAGAGAAUUUGGGGACUCUGUCAUCUUCCAGAAAAAACAAAACACGUGAUAUUUUUGACUCAGAUUGAUUAAUCUUCAUUACUUUUCAUCUGAAUGGGAUUUGCUGAAUUAAUGAAUAUUGAACUUAAAACUAACGAUCAGUUUGUUUAAAUAAAGGGUAGUAUUUAUGUGUGAACUUACUGUUUCUGAGCUAACACAAAGUUACUCAGUGACCAUAAGCUGCUCCUCUAUUUCCAUUUAUUCUCAGCAUUAAAGUUUUAUCUUCCUGUUGCCAGAAAUGCAUUUGUGCCAGGUUUCAUCCCCUGCUGUAUUAAAAAGCUUGCUUACAAGUGCUGUAAAUGUGCCCUGUGUUCAUGGUUCUCUGCUGGAAUUGUUUAAAUAGCAGCAAUGCAACAUCUCCCCUAUGUUUUUGCUUUAUUGUUAUUACUAAAAAUUCCAUGGUGGUUGAUGUUCCAUAACUUUCUAUCUGGCAACUUUUUGAUAACUCCUUGGGUUUCUAAUUUGUUUUAAUUAAAGCACAUUUGAGCGGGAAUGAUUAGUGUCCAUGUGAAUGUCCGCUGAACUUAAGAGUUCUAGUUCAUGAAGAAAUAUCUCCAACACCCCCAAUUUCUCUUAUUUUUAGCAAUAACUCAUUAAUGAUUCCACUUGACGUUCAGAAUAUUGUCCUGACAAAACAUUAUCAAAUUUGCAGGUUACCAUUUUGAGGCAAUUUGAUAUAAAUUAUGUAAAUAUGUACGAUUAUGACUUUUAUACAUGGCAUUACAUGAGUGUAGUAACUACAUUCUAUGCUAGCCAUGCAGCAGAUUUCCUGGAGGUUUGACAUUGUGGUAUUUUUUUUAUGCUGAGAUUCAAAAUCACCUUUCCAUGAUUCCAUUUUUUCAGAAUGAUACUCCCCAGGUUCAGAACAACCUAUAAUGAUAUGACGUGCCCAAUACCCAUUCAUCUCAAGUGCUUCAGUCUUUGGUUUAUUUCAUGCACUGUGCCUUCAAAAUUAAAUUUUUAAAAGGGACUUUAAAUAAAGUUGAAUAGUAGACUUAAAGUCAAUCUGUGUAAUUUAUGUGAAAUCUAACUGUAUUGAGGUCCUUUCUGUUUUUUAUAUGUAAACAGAUCUAACCCUGUAUAAAAGUUAUUUUAUGA